UAGAGAAAACGUUCCGCAUCAAGCAGUUAGUGCUAUACUUGACACUCGCGCGAAAUUCUGCUCAUUGCCAGUACUGCCAGUUUACGUCUUUGCCGCCGUUCCUUACAUAAUAAAAAAAUAGUAUGAUCAAACUUGACCCAGCUGAAAACCGUUCUAGCGCGAGCUGCUUCCUGUUGUCUGUGCAAAAAUCCUAGGUCCUAAGAUGCUAUUCCUGACGAGAACCAGUGCUGGUGGUUUGAUUGCUAGUGGGAGCUGGAAGCAGUGUUCUUGUGCAUUAGUGAGAUGGUACAGUCAGCAGCGGAGCGCCUCGGCCGGACAAUCACCACUCGAUUUGUUGGAUGGCAAACUCGCCCGCAAUGAAAUUCAGCCCGAUGACCAUCAGCGACAAGUGACGGCGGCCUUGCAGGCCGUGUACGACAGUAUUCAGAGCUAUAUCCCCCCGAAGGCGUCCAGCGGGCUGGGCAAAUGGUUCAGCUUCGGGAAAAAGGACCCCAAGGUGAAAGCCCCGAAGGGAUUGUACAUCUAUGGCAGUGUGGGUGGAGGAAAAACCAUGCUAAUGGAUAUGUUCUACGAUUGCUGCUCGACAGACAAUAAGCGUCGCGUGCACUUCAAUUCAUUUAUGACCGAUGUGCAUUCGAAAAUCCACGAGAUAAAGUCGAAACAGGUCCGUGAUGUGAGCAAUACCAAGCCUCAACCCUUCGAUCCAAUCAAACCGGUUGCAGAAAUUAUCAGCCAGGAUUCGUGGCUGAUUUGUUUUGACGAAUUCCAGGUCACAGACAUCGCGGACGCGAUGAUUCUGAAACGGCUGUUCACUUAUCUAUUCGACAGCGGAGUCAUCGUGGUGGCAACAAGCAAUCGAGCCCCCGACGAUCUCUACAAGAAUGGGCUGCAACGUAGCAACUUUGUUCCGUUCAUCGGCGUGCUGAAGAAUCAUUGCCAGGUGGUCACGUUGGACAGCGGUGUCGAUUAUCGCACGGCAACACUCAAGGGCGAGGGGAUGCACUAUUUCGUUAAAUCUCAAAUGGAUGCUGACGGAGCCAUGGACAAAUUGUUCAAGGUUCUGUGCUCGCAAGAGAACGAUAUGAUUCGACCGAAAACCUUUACCCAUUUUGGGCGAAACAUUUCCUUUGCUAAAACCUGUGGGCAGGUAUUGGACAGUACAUUCGAGGAGCUCUGUGAUAGGCCACUUGGUGCAUCGGACUACCUUCAGAUAUCGCAGUUCUUUCACACCGUACUUAUACGAGAUAUUCCACAGUUGAAUUUGAAACUUAAAUCGCAGACGAGGCGGUUUAUCACUCUGAUUGAUACAUUAUACGAUAGUCGUGUUCGGCUGGUCGUGUCUUCGGAAGUUCCGUACAAGAGCCUUUUCUCGAACGAGAAACCCGACGACAUGCACACUUCGGACGAGCACCGUAUGCUGAUGGAUGACUUGAAAAUCACGAAGGACUCCAGCGAUGCCAGCUCGAACAUCUUCACCGGUGAGGAGGAAUUGUUUGCCUUCGAACGGACCGUAUCUCGGCUGGCCGAGAUGCAGUCGGCCGAGUAUUGGUCCCUCUGGGAGAAGCACCGAUAAGGCUGCCAUUUAUGUUUGUUCUGUUGAGCUUGAUGUUGCCGCACAAUGCAGUUACGCUUAUGAGAUGGCGCCUGAAGCGUCGUUAGUUGGAGUCACGUACCGUAGAAUAACUAAUUCGUGUAAAUUUACAGAGAAAAUGUAAAUAUAUUUAUUUGGUUGAUAUAGAUGAUUUAAUUUA